AUGGCUUAAGAUGAAGUUAUUAUCAACAAUUUAUAUAGACCAAGCACUGUGAAUUCAGUUUUAUAAUAUUAAUAAAAAUAAGCUCCAGAUCUGGCUAAAUUAGCCUUUAAAAACAAAUAGUAUAUCAAUAGCUGGUAACCAUUUUAGCAUUAUUCAAAAACUUCAACACUAAAUAUAUAUUUUUUAGCCAUUGAAUAAUAAAUCAAAAUAUUUGCUACAGAAUGUUCUUUUACCAUUUUAUUUAAGCCAUAAUUUUUAUCUAAAUGCGUUAAUAUUUCUCUAAUGUAUUAGCAAAACGCCACUUAAAUUGAUUAACUUGAUAUACUAGGAUAAGAAAUUCUUUAUAACUUAACUAGAUUAAUUCCCUUUUUGAAUACAAUUUAGUACUAGAGUAGAUUAAAUAUAUCUAGAGUAGUCACUAUUCCUUACUCACAACUAAGUGUAUUUUCUAACUUAUAAGGAAUAUCUCUUACUAAUUUUGCAAAUAGUACAUUAGGCUCAAAAUUAGAUAGCGAUACAUGUUACAAAGGAAAAUUUGUCUAUGACCCAAGAUGCAGAUAUUUUUAUUUAAAUAGUUUAAAUCAUACUUCAAUAUUUAUGAAUCCACCCCGAAUUUCUUUAGCAUCAGUACCUUCAUACCUAUCUUAAAUUACAUGUUAAAUGGUAAAGAGUUACAAUAAAUAUACAUAAAAAAUAGAAAAUAGCAAUGUUUAAUGCAUUGAGGCUAUGCUUUCAAAUAUUUAUAAUUAUUUUUAAAAUAUUAUUUAAAGUUCUAAAUAGUAUUAUGUGAUAGACCCAAGAACACUUUCGAUAUUUUUUAAUUCAAAGAAUUAAUACAAUUUCGCAAAUAUGACUUAAGCUGACAAUUUUUAUAGCGCAGAGCUCUAAUAUUUGUAAGAACAAGAUUAAGCUCAAUAUAUUUAGAAAUUCAUUAAUGACACUUACAGUUAGUGGAUUUUUUCUAAAGAAAACAAUAGCUAUGUAAACAUGUUGUAAAUGUUUGAUCUAAGUCAACAGGUUGUUGUGAAGGAUUACAAAAGGAAUGGGACAACUUAUAAAAUUAUUUUUAAUCCUGUUAUCCAAUAUGAUUAAAUUCCUAAAGUUAUAACAAAAUACACAAAAGAACAAGGCCUUUAGCUAUAAAAUGCUUACCUUUAGAUAAAUAUUAUUUCAGAUGAAGAUCUCAAAACUUUUACUAAUUAAUUGCUAAGCUUUUUUUCAAAUGUGAUUAUUGCAGUUUAAAUAACACUUGCCAUAAUAAGUAUUAUCUUUUUGAUUGUAGCUAUAUAUUAUGCAAUCUAGAUAUAAAAGCUAAUAACUUUACCUAUCAUUCGUAUGAAAAAAACUUUAGAAGAAAUCAAUUAAUUAAAAGAGCUUGUAGAUAUUUCAUAAGUUAUAAAAUAAUAUGAAUAAAAAGCAGACAUUAUAUUUUUAUCUUAAGAAACUUAUUUACUUUAUUAGAGCUUUUUAGAUAUGUUUGAGAUGAUAUAAUACACAUCUGAAAGUUUCUUUUUUGAAAAUGAAGGAAAGACAUUGAUUAGCCUAAGUAAAAAAGUAGAGUUUUUCACAAAAUUUUAGAAUUACAGUGCAGCUGGUGUAACUCACAAUAAUAUUGGUAACAUACUUUUGAACUAAGAACAUUUUUUUUAGGCUUUAGAGCAUUUCUCACUUUCAGUAAUGUUUGCUAAAUAUGAGUUUUCAACUUAUUAUUAAAAUAAUCCUUAUUCAUCAUAUGCUAGUUUACUUUAAGAGUAUUCCUACACAGGAUAUAUUAAUCAUUAAGCAGAAGUAUAGGAAUAAAGCUCAAGAAAUAGUUCUAUUUCUUAAAAAAUUAUUUACAAAAAAACUAGUUUUAGCAAAUCUAGAUAACCUUCAAAAGAAAAAAGAGUUUCGAAUGAAAUUUAAGAAUUAAAUACUUCAGGAUAGAUUUAGAAAAAUGAAUCUUAAUCAUGCAAAGUUUCUACGACUAAAACCCACUUUAACAAAUAAAGUAAAAAAUAAAAUUAGGAAUAUAAAAAAGAAUAAAAUUUGACAAAAACUUAAUAAAUUUUUAAAUUGAAAAGACAAAGCAAAUACUCUAAAAAUGUAUAAAAUGCAAAAUUUUCUGAAAGUAUAUUAAAGUAAAGUGAAGAAAAGCAUUAGAUAUAAGAACUUGUUUUAAAUUUAUUUUAUAGGUAAUAAAACUAUAUAGUAACUUUAAUAGCAUUUUAGGAAAGUUUAAAUUCUCCAUCAAGUAAAUUAAACAAUCAAAACAGCUUUAAUUUUUGGAAAGAAAUUAAACAUUUAAUUGAUGAAUAAUUAAAGUUGAUAGAUUAUUUUCCAGAAAUUUAGUAUUUAAAAGUCUCUAUGAAUUGCUUAAUUUCUAAGUGCUAUUAUAACUAAUUUAAAUAUGAAAAAACAAAAAAAAAAUACAAAGAAGUUGAAAUUAUAUUGAUUAAUUUAGAAAAAAUGUAUGAGCAAAAAGAAAAAGAACUUCCAACUUAAACUGAAAAUUCUACUUUGCAUAAAGAAAUAGUUUUUGAUUUCAGAAAUAAAACUUAAUUAUAAUAAUUUAAUGAAUUAGAAUAUUAAUAGUAAUAAUAAGACACUCCAAAAAAACAUAUUUCCAAUUUUAUGAAAAUGAAAUAAAGCUAAAUGAAUACACCUAACCAUAUUAUUUUAGAUAUUUCAGAAAAAAUUAGCAACACUUCAAUAAAUAUAUAAUAUUCAAAUUCAGAGAAUAUUAACUAAGAUGUGUUAAAGAAGAGAAUUUCUUCUACUAAAAAUACAAGUGAAUAAAAAUUACUGCUUAAUUAAUCUUAGUUUUUAAAAAAAAUAAUAUAAAAUCAAUAAAAUAAAUUAUUAGAAAUCACUUAAUCUAAUAAUUUGACAAUAAACAGAACGAAUCUCUAGACACUAAAACAAUACUUUCAAUUCAAUCGUUCAGAAUACUUUAUCUUUAUUAAGAAUUAUAAAAAAGCAGCAGAAAUACUGACUGAAUUAUAUGAGAGUAGUUAAUAUAUGACUUCAAAUUUUCCUUUCCGUAUUGUCUAUAAACUUAAACAUAUUUUUGAUUCUCAUAAAAUUUAAGACUUGAGUUUGCUAUAAGAGUACUCUAGGUUCAAUAAAAAUAUAUCACUAUAAAUUGUAAUAUCAUUAGAGGUUUUCAGAAUUCCAAAUUUAACUUUUGUAAGGACUUUCAAGAAGUGUUUUAACUAAAGAUUCUGA